UUACCAAAGUCAUCAGUCAUCUAUUGCAACAUUCCGAAUAAGAAAUUGCGAUGUCUAUUUAUGUUUAUUUAAUAUUUAGCAUCGUCCAUAUAGUUAACACGAUUCCCAGUGUAGACUAUAGGAACCAGUAUCCUGAUAUUCCAUGUGGAAACUUGACAUGUUACGGGCCCUUUACAGCCAAAUGCGACUUGAACGAUUCUCGCCCAUGCAGAUGCCUGGUUGGAUUUAUGGGAAACACUUGUAGAGAAGACGAAAACGAAUGCACGAAAGGAUAUCCGUGUAUAAAUCGAGGGCAUUGCAUAAACACAAUCGGGAGUUUCAGUUGUAACUGUCUAAGAGGUUGGGCUGGAGACCAUUGUCAACUUGAGACCGGAGAUCCACAAGAAUGUAUGCCAGGUUGGAGUCUACCGAGAUGUACGCACGAUUUGGAUGAAUGUCUUAAUACGUCACUGUAUACAUGUGCGGAAAAUCAACAUUGUCUUAAUACACGUGGAAACUAUACCUGUGAGUGUAAUGCUGGUUGGAAAGGAAUUGGAUGUCUCGAGGACAUAGAUGAAUGCGAAUCUUACAUGUGCAAAAACAAUGGAACUUGUGACAAUACUCGUGGAUCUUUUAUCUGUCAAUGCCAAGACGGAUGGCGGGGAUAUGAUUGUGCAGCAGAUGUAGACGAAUGUCUGACGUCCAGCUGCAAGAACAACGGGUCGUGUAUAAAUACAAAUGGGUCGUUUAGUUGUCAAUGUCAACAUGGUUGGGAUGGCUAUAGUUGUGCGGAUGAUGUGAACGAAUGCUCUGCAAGUCCCUGUUAUAGCAACGAAACGUGUAUAAAUACAAAUGGUUCGUUCCGCUGCCAGUUUUAUGAAAACUAUGAUCAUAGAAACGAAACUGUAGCUGAUUUUAUUGACAAAUUAAAUUUGACCGAUAGAGAUGUUGGUGUUGUUCCUGCCGAUGAACGUAUAUACAAUGACAAUAAGGACAAAACAUUGCCUAAAGAAAACAUCGGCAUUGCAAUGAUCAGUGCAGGGUCUGCCUUAGGAACCAUAACGUUACUGGUUGGAAUUCGAAUAACAUAUAUCACUUUUCAGAAAAGACGAGUCGCUCCGACAAACGCUUGAAGACAUCUUAAACGAAGAAAUCAUAACAACCACGUGUGUC